AAAAAAAAAGGAGAGACUUAAAUUAAAGUAUUUUUUUUUUUCUGUUUUCUGUUUGCAUUUGUUUGCUGGGCAACGUUUAAUGGCAGAGCUAACGGACUGUAUUUUGCCAAUUUUGACAAGAUGCUGCCGAUCCACUAAAAAUAAAAGUUUAUGCGCCAAGAGAUCGAUUAAUCCCUGUCCCCUGAAGACCUGCAAAGGGGAGGAGAAAAAGUCCUGCGAGCAGCCGAGCCAGCUCUGCCACCCCCCCAAGAAGACAUACCCCCUGCUGGCGUACCACAGCUAUACGAUCCGCAAUAAGUAUCCGGAGCAGCUGGUGACCUACGACGGGCAGGCUCGCUGCGAGCAGCGUCUCAUCCGCAUCUCGGAUCUGACCGAGAGCUACCUGACUCUGGUGUUCGAGCAGGUUGCCGAGGAGGUGCGGCAACAGAGGAAGAGAAGAAGGCUGGAGAGGAAGAAGAGGAAAAGUUGUGCAGCGAAAAAGGAGAGUAAGGGCCAGGCGAAGGCAAAGUCGUGCCGCAAGAAAAGAAGUAGUCAAAAGUGUCCCCAAAAGGCGGGAUCCUGUGCCGAGAAGAAGAGUUCGGAAAAGUGCAUUGAAAUUAAGAACGAAGGCUGUGGAGACAAGCAGAAAGAAUGCUGUGGAGAAAAGGAAAUGGAAUGCUGUGCAGAAAAGAGGGAAAGCUGCGGCGAAGUAAAGCGGGAAUGCUGCCCGAAGAAGGAGGAGAGCUGUGAGGAGGAGAAGGCCCAGCCGCGCAGUCUACAGGCGAUGAUCAGGAGUGAAAUUCGCGCCAAUAGGCUGUACGAGAUGGAGCUAUGUAGGGGCCGUAAGGAAGGGAAGCCCUGGCUGAGCCUCAUGCCCAGAGAGAAGCUGCCCUACUACUGCAGGGGGCUCAACGGAGAGAGGCUGCGGGCCACCGCCUACUCCAACUUCCAGCAGAGCUUCGUGAGGCGCUUCAGGCAAAUGCACCCGCGGGCCUGCCCCAAACGGGUGCGUGCCGAGACGCGUGCCAGGUGGUACGCCCUCGACUGCUGCCAGCGACUGCCCUUCGUCAUGCUGGCCUUCGUCUACCAUGUGAGCACUGGAGCCCUGGAUCCCCUGGAUCAGUGCGCUGUCCGGGCCAUGUACAGAAAGCUGAAGGGCACGGAUUAGCAUGAGCAUCUCGCCAUUACCCACCAUCUCUCCAUCAGUCCAUCAUCCAUUUCCCAUUUCCCAUUUUGCAUUUCAAUUUUCGAUACGAGAAACAGAUGUUGCCGGAGUCUAUUUUUGGGCCAAGAGUUUCCAAAUCUGCGACUCUUUCCAGCUGCUGCUGCUGCUUCUGCUGGUGGCAGCACUUCCUUCUUUUUAUGGACUGCCUUGGACCGCCCUUGAACCACAUUCGAGGGAAUAAUGGAUCCCACAGCCCCAUUUGCAUCUCCAUUCUUUUCGCACAUGGCCCAAGGUCGCUCCGUUGACAUGGCCUUGGGGCUGGAGGCACUUGAUUAACAAUUAGCGAUUCACGAUUCAUGAUUCGCGAUUCGCGGGAAGGCAGCCAGCCAAGGUCGUAGUUCCUCCACCCACACCCCCAGCCCAGCCCAUUGGGUCUUCAGAUCGAAUCAAUUUUCGAUGCGCAUACAUUAGCCAUAAAAAUCUGUUGUACAAAUAAAACAAAAAGCAAACGAGCGGCGAGCGGCGAACAGGGCAAAGCAGAGCAAAGAGAAAGUUUUUAAAAUGUAAUUUCGAUUCGCUGGCAAAUAAAUAAAAAUAAAAUU